CGUAAAAAAUGAACUUCCUGUGGUUUAUCAAAAAAUCAAUAUUUUUUGCUUUUAAAUUACUAUUGUAUUUAUAUCUAUUAAAAUUAAAAAAAAUCUUAAAGACAUUUAAAAAUAGAGUUAGGUCAAAUUUUUUUCAAUUUUAACGAUUUUUUCUUUGUCUUAAUUAAUUAAUCAUAAUUUCCCGCUAGGAUAGCAUAUUUUAAUUUUUAGAAGGUAAUCCAUAAUUUUUUUAUUACUUCUUUUACGUGUUUGAUUAUUUCUUUUAUUUCCUCAAAGCAUUUUUCACCUUUAAAUAUUUAAUUUAUUUAAAUUAUUCAAAUGUAUUUCUUAGAAUAAUAUCAUAUACCCCUCUCAAAAAUUUAUGCAAGCAUAUAUUAAGAAUAAAAAUUUGAAUAAACCUACAUUAAAUCCUAACACAUCUAAAUAAUCAGGAUAUCUCCACUUUUAAUAAUGACAUAAGACUUUUCAGCGUACCCAAAAGCGGUGGAGUAUUGCGACUAUAUAUUAUUAAAAAAUUUCAUCUUUUUCUUGUUAAAUAAAUAAAGUUUCUAAAUAUAUGAUUUUUUUUCUGUUGAUGAAUGGAAAAGUAAGUUAAAUAUUUUUUCGAAUUUUAUUUUUAUCGUCUAAUUUAUUUUAUCAGAAUAUCGUCAUAUAAAAUAUCUUAAAAAAGAGACUCCUGAUUAAUAACGCAUAGUGAGCAAUAAGUUUAUUACAAAAGAAUGUAUUUGGUUAAAUCCUAAAUAGAAGAUGCUCUGCAAGCAUUAUUCUUCUAGAGAUAAUAGGUCUUCAAAAUAUUUCGUGUUUUGUGUAAAAUUUAGUUAUUUUAGUAGAAGAAAAUACAUCUGAAACCCAUAAUUUAUAUUGUGAUGCUUUUUAUUGAAAAAUAUAAAAUGAGAACUUGUACCCUAACUACAGUUUUUAAAUUAAAUAUUAAAUAAUUAUUUAACAUUUUAAUGCCUUGCUAUUUAU